AUGUCUUCACAGCCCAAUCCCCUCCGCAACAUCCUGGCGCCGACCGUCUUCGCCAACACGGCACUCGCCGGUCUGAACCUGAGCCUCUCUUUGUUCGUGAUACCCCGCUUGCUCGAGUCGCCGACCCCGCUCAUGUUGCGGCAAUUCUCCCACAUGCUCAAGGGCGCCGGCCCCUUCGUCCCACUUCCGACCCUCUUCUGCGCCUUGAGCUACUGGUACAUGGCCUACGCCGUCCGCCAUCUACCCAGCAAGUCGAGGCUGUUGGCUGCUGCCGGCGCGUGUUGCUUCACCAUCGUACCAUGGACCGGAUUCUUCAUGACUAGCAUCAACAAGAAGCUGUUCAAGAAGGUCGAGGAAACAAAGGAUAUGGGUAUCAUGGCCGUCGGUCUGAGCCAGGAGGAAGAGGAGGGCGCCAAGUCCCUGGUUGACCAAUGGGGGCUAUACAAUCUUGGGAGGGGUCUUGCCAUCGGUAUCGGUGGUGCUGUCGGACUGUACACCGUUGGCCUCUGA